GACCUGCAAGUACAGGCAAAUGGUACAUAACCAGCAUAGGACAAUAACAUAAGCACACACAUAACACAUUGUCAAUUUACGAUCGAGCGGUGCAGAGAUGGCGGUGUCAAUCUCCAUAGCAAUCCUGCUCACAGUCUGCUUCGUGGGCUUCUACGUGCCCGUCCCGUCACUGGCGUCGUCUUCGGAUGAUUUCCUUGGGUGCCUAAUGACAGAAGUCCCCAGCCAGCUGGUGCUCACGCCGGGCUCCCCGUCGUUCAAGCCGCUCCUGGUGUCGUCCAUCAGGAACGCCAGGUUCCUUGCGCCGGCGACAGCGAUGCCUCCGCUCUGCAUCGUGACGCCCACCAACGCGUCGCACGUCCAGGCCGCCGUGCGGUGCGGACGCGCGCACGGCGUGCGCCUCCGCGUGCGCAGCGGCGGGCACGACACUGAGGGCCUCUCAUCCCGGUCCCAACGUCCCGAGGUGUUCGCCGUGGUCGACCUCGCCAAGCUCAACAACGUCCACGUUGAUCCGCAGGAGGCCACCGCGUGGGUCGACGCCGGCGCCACGAUCGGGGAGCUCUACUACGCCGUCUCCAAGGCGGCACCGGGGCUGGGCUUCCCUGCAGGCGUCUGCCCGACCGUCGGCGUGGGAGGCCACUUCAGCGGCGGCGGCCAGGGCCUGAUGAUGCGCAAGUACGGCCUGUCCGCCGACAACAUCCUCGACGCAUCCAUCGUCAACGCCGACGGAAUCCUCUUGCAGGACAAGAAGGCUAUCGGGGACGACCUCUUCUGGGCCAUCCGCGGCGGCGGCGGCGUGAGCUUCGGCAUCGUGCUGUCGUUUAAGGUGCGGCUCGUGCCAGUCCCACCCACGGUCGCGUACUUCAGCGUCACCAAGACCAUGGACCAGGGUGCCGUCGAGGCCGUGACCAAGUGGCAGACGGUGGCGCCGGCGCUCCCCGACGACCUCACCGUGCGGGUGAACGUGCAGCAGCGCGAGGCCAACUUCCAGUCCCUGUACCUCGGCAACUGCAGCGCGGUGGUGGCCACCCUGCGCGACCAGCUCCCGGAGCUCAACCUGACGCGCGCCGACUGCCGGGAGAUGAGCUGGGUGCAGUACGUGGCGUACAUAUACUUCGGCGACGCCAUCAACAACGCGCCCCUCGAAGCCCUCCUGCUCAACCGCACCAUGACCCUGGGCCGCUUCUACAAGAACAAGUCCGACUACGUCAGGGAGGCCCUCACCAAGGACGCGUGGGAGAAGAUCUUCACAUGGCCCAGCGGCGCCGCUGAGGGGCAGCUCGUCCUCGAGCCGCAAGGCGGGAGGAUGGGGAGCAUCGCCGAAGGCGACACGCCCUUCCCGCACCGCGCCGGCGUGCUAUACAACAUCCAGUACCUCGAGUCCUGGGUCGGGGGCAACAACACCACAACGCCCAGCUGGAUCAACACCAUAUACGACUUCAUGGAGCCGCUGGUCAGCCAGAACCCCAGGGCCGCCUACGCCAACUACCGGGACCUGGACAUCGGCGUCAACCAGGUGGUCGGCGGCGUCAGCACCUACGAGAGCGGCAAGGUGUGGGGCGAGAGGUACUUCGGGGGGAACUUUCAGAGGCUCGCCAUGAUCAAGGGGAAGGUGGAUGCCAGCGACUACUUCCGCAACGAGCAGAGCGUGCCGCCGCUUCUCUCUUGAUCUCUCUUGAUCACGAAAAAUAUACGAGCUACUUGUUGUCACAGUGAUCAACUAAUUAGCGAUUAAAAUAAACAGUGAUCAAAUAGCAUUUGCCCAUGUUUCUUAUAACUGCUAAAAUUUACAAUGAGAUCAAAAUGUAACAUUUAUCAAUACAAUUAUAAUACACGUUUAUAAAAAACUGCAAUAAGCUGAAAAUGUAACAAUUAUCAACAAGAUUAUGAUUAUAAAUAAUCAUCUAGCUUUGCUAACAUUCAAUUGAGUGCGUAUCAUUUAGGUACAGUUUUUUAUCAACAAGAUCAAGAUUAUAAAUUAUCAUCUAGGUUUGCUAACAUUCAAUAGCUGUUUGAGCACAACCAGGACUGGUACCUUCAUGCCUCAAACUCUCCAAUGUCAAACAGAGAGCGCCCUUCUUGAUGACUUUGUGGCGUAUAUGGCAUAUGUACAUAAUAAGAUUACGCACAGCAAGAAACCUGCACCAGCUGAAGCAUCGAAACGCUUCCUCCUGAGCUAUAUGGACUUGCCAGAAGAACUCAUUGGCAACACCCGAAAUGCAAGAAGUAGUAUUUUAUUUACUAUGACAUGCAUCGUUUCUUUUCAUUUUAGCGCAAUCUGAGGCGAUGAGCUAUCAUCAAAACUUUCUUAUAAUGUGCUGCUAUUUAAAUAUAUUUGUUGCCAAA